AUGCCCUUCAUCCGAUGCCAGCCCGCAAGAAACAUCGUAUAUCUAAAAACCCACAAGUGCGCCAGCUCCACUUUGUACAAUAUCCUUCAGCGGUACAUCCUCAAGCAUCGGCUAAAUAUGGUUAUGUCAAGGAAUUAUGACAUAUAUAUGGGUCAUCCGGCGUACUUUCGACCGUCCUUCGUCAUAGACAUGCGGGACUACAACCUGUCAAACAAUAUCAUAACUGACCACAUGCGCUUCAGCAAACCGGAAGUAGCGCGAGUAAUGCCCGAGGACUCGCUUUAUGUUACGACGCUCAGAAAACCAGAAGAAGCAUUUGAGUCAUUGUUUUCCGUCUGUGAUUUUAAGAGCAGAUUAGGGAAGGAUCUCGAGGACUUUGUAAGUGACGAGAGCUUGAUCACAAGCGUUAAGCAACAUAGGUUGUACUCUAACAGAUUUGGUUUCAACCAGAUGUCGUUUGAUCUUGGAUUGGGAGAGAGCGACUGGGACAACGCUACUGCUGUUGAUGAAUUCGUCAAAUUCGUGGGUGAGACGUUUCACCUAGUGAUGAUUGCUGAUCGCUUAGAUGAAUCGCUGAUCCUUUUCAAGCACUUGACGUGCUGGACGACUGAAGACAUAGUGGCGUUUAAAGUCAAUGCCCGGAUGGAUGCUUACAAAGUUCCAAUGACGCAACAUGUCAGAGAAAGACUGAAAAGACUAAAUCAUGUUGACCUGAAAUUGUACGAACAUUUUUCUGCAGUUCUCGAUGAAAAAGUGAGAAUUUUUGGCGAGCAUAAAAUGGCUCAGGAAGUAAGAGAACUGAGGACGUUGCGAGAGAAAUAUCACGAUCUUUGCGUUGAAGCCGAGGUUGGUAUGAGAAAUAUUACAAAGAAGGGAGGACACUACAAAGCGCUGGGUUUCAAGUUGAAGGAUCACAGUGAGACGUGCAGUCACAUGGCCAUGACGGGUAUGCAGCUACGUGAACUCAUUCGUGAUAGACAAAAAGCGUUAAUACGUGGAACUGUACGAACGCAGGUAGCUAUGCUCACUUAG